UCCGCUUUGUCUAACUCACCAGAAAGGAGGAACAAAAAAAAAAAAAAAAUCCUCUGAUUGAGAAAUGGUGGUUGACAAGGGCAAGAAAAAGAAGGUUUCUCCCGACGAGGAAUUCGACCAUGUCGAUGAGGAGUUCCUUAUCGCAAUCGAGAAGUUGCAGGAGCUUCAAGAUGACCUCGACAAGGUUAAUGAAGAAGCCACUGACAAAGUCUUGGAAGUGGAGCAAAAGUAUAACGAGAUUCGCCGACCCGUCUACGUUAAGCGGAAUGAUGUUAUCAAGGCCAUUCCUGAUUUCUGGCUCACCGCUUUCCUGAGCCAUCCUGCACUCUCUGAUCUUUUGAGUGAUGAAGAUCAGAAGAUUUUUAAGUAUUUAUACUCUCUUGAUGUGGAGGACUUUAAAGAUAUAAAGUCAGGAUACUCCAUCACGUUUAAUUUCAAUAACAACCCUUAUUUUGAAGAUGCAAAGCUUUCAAAAACCUUCACCUUCUCUGAUGAAGGAACGACUAAAAUAUCUGGUACCACCAUCAAGUGGAAAGAGGGCAUGGCUGCUGCUUUUAAGGAAGUUAAUCACGAGAAAAAAGGAAAAAAGCAGCCUCUUGUUAACCAGAGCUUCUUUAGUUGGUUUAGCGAAACUGAACAGAAAGACAUAAUAGAGUUUCAGGAUGAGGUAGGAGAGAUAAUUAAGGAGGACUUAUGGCCCAAUCCUCUGAAGUACUUCAAUAAUGAGCCCAACGAAGAGGAUUCUGUUAACGACCAUGAUGUUGGCAGGAUAACGUACAGGGAGUAUGGUAAUGAUGACGACGAACAAGAAGAAGAUGACGAUGAUGAUGACUACGACGAUGAUGAAGAAUGAGACCAGUAAACCAUUUCUUAGCUCUUUUUGAGUUCUUCCUUUUUGAUGGAUCUUGGCAAUCAUAGAAACAUCAUACAGAUUACCUUUUUGAUUAUAUUGGAUGAUAAUUUUACUUGAUGGCAGGUAACAUGUAGUAAACAGAUGCUGCAUAUUAACUGAUC